GAGAAAAGAACCGGGUGAAGGGCGGAAGCAGCCCGCUAGACGAGCAUUCAGACGUGCAAAAGGCUAAGAGAAGAUGGCUGCUGUGGAAAGAGCCGUGGCAUCCAUGGGCCUCCACUUCCAGACUGUACCAGAGGAAGAGGUACAAACAGAGGGAAAAACGGGGGGACACGGAAACCCAGCAGGCCCUAAACCCAGGAAGGGCAUGAAAGGAGCAGGAAAAGCAGCCCCUGUUUUCCAGGAUGGGACGACAAGGGGCCUUCCGAGAUGGGCCACCCCUCAACAGGUGAAACAGGAGCCAGGUGAGGGGAUGCCAGACAGCUGGGAUGGGCCUUGGCAGGAGUUCCUGAAAGCAGUUCAGUCCCCUCACCCAGGGUGGGGAAAUCCGCACUUGUUGGCACCUGCUCCAUGGGAGGAUAAUGGAAAGGCCUUUACUAGCCCAUUUGAGGGAGUCGCUGACUCGUGGCUGUGGCCAAGAGGAGAAUGGGUGGCCCGGCCCUCGGCCGGAGAACCACAACAGCUCUGCAACACUUUGGAAGCCAGGGAAAAGGGAGACAGUAGGAAAUUAAAGGCAGAGGCCUUGAGAGGGGACUCUGUCAGUGCAGAGACACAACGCCGACGCUUCAGGCAGUUCUGCUACCGGGAGGCCGAGGGGCCGCGAGAGGUUUGCAGCCGGCUCCGGGAUCUCUGCCGUCAGUGGCUGGAACCAGAGAGGCAUACCAAGGAGCAGAUCCUGGAACUGGUGAUCCUGGAGCAGUUCCUGACCAUCUUGCCAGUGGAGAUCCAGAGCUGGGUCCGGGAAGGUGGUCCAGGGACUUGUUCCCAGGCGGUCAUCCUGGCCGAGGAUUUCCUGACAAGGCAGCGAGAGACCAAGAGGUGGGAGCAGCAGGUGCCAAGGUCUUUCCAAGAAAUGCCCGGGAAUGCCCACAAAGCAGAGCAGGCCCUGUUGGAUGCCAGGCAGUGGCAGCUGUAUAGGGAAGCCAAGCAGGACAGUGACGGAGAAGCCAGCUCCUUGGCGGGUGACGGAUGGGCAAGUGAGAAUGAGGAGGAGAAACCUGCACCGAAAGAUUCUGAGAAAGCGGAACCUUCUGGGACAUUUGGAGAGGGGCCGUUGCUGUGCCCUGAGCAGCUGGAGCCUUUUGAAAAUCAGCACAAACUGGAGAAUCUGCAGGACGACCAGUUGGGGGGCAGAGAGUGUAAACCAGUCCUUUGCCAGGGGGUCAGCCAGAAAUGUGGUGAAGCCACAGCCCAGUCACGAAUUCACAAGGACCGACGGAAAAAAGUGUGCACAGAGUGUGGGAAAUCAUUCUGCCGGAGCUCCGAUCUGCUUAAGCACCGGAGGACCCACACGGGGGAGAAGCCCUUCCAGUGCCUCCACUGUGGGAGGAGCUUCAGCGACCGCUCCAACCUCAUUGCACACCGACGGAUCCACGCGGACCAGAAGCCGUAUCAGUGUUUGGACUGCGGGAAAAGCUUUUGCCAGAACUCCUACCUCGUCCGUCACCGGAGGACCCACACAGGGGAGAAGCCAUACAAGUGCUCAUACUGCGGCAAAGGUUUCAGUGAUAGCUCGAAUCUGGUAGUGCACAAGAGGACCCACACGGCCAGUGACAAGCCAUACAGGUGCCCUGAUUGUGGGCGGAAGUUCAGCGAACCCUCCCUCCUUGGCAGGCACCAGAGAAUGCAUGUAAAGGAGCGGCCGUACAAUUGCUCGGACUGCGGGAAGACUUUCCGCCACCGUUCAGACCUUGUCCGCCAUCGGAGGACCCACACGGGGGAGAAGCCAUUCAAAUGCCUGGAUUGUGGGAAAUGCUUCAGUCAGCGAUCCCACUGUAGUACACAUGAGAGGAGGCACACCAGGCAGAAACUGUACCAGCAACACUUGGAUGACGGGAAGAGUUUCGGCGCUGCUGAGAUCGGACUUACCACGAAGGAGGAAGUUGCUGAAACUGGUCAAAAACUCACUACCCAGAAGGUUGGGCACAUGUGUGUCCUCCUUCACACUGAGUGGGGUUAUUUAUAGCCAGGCUAAUAAAUAUCAGCUCACCUAGGGUGAGUAAAAAUUGCCUCUGGGUUAUCAGACAGGAAAGCUUUGCAUAAGAUAGAGGUGUUUUAUUUUGUUUCCUUUCACUCUGCAGAUGACUAACAUAAUGUGCCUGCCAACAUGUAACUGUUCUUUUUAUUUUGAACCACUAGCUUCUUUGCACUGCAAAAGUGCCAAAGCUGGGAUUUGAGGCAGAGCUCAACAUCUCGAAGACCUUACAAAAUAAGUCGCUAGUUGUCAUAGGUGGAAAGAGAUGCUGGAAUGUAUAUGGAAAACACCCGGUGGAGUGUUGGAAGAGAGAACUUCAGUGAUGUGUGAACAGGCUUUCCAAAAUUUAGGGCGUAUAACAUCACUCCCCAUGACUGUUACCAAAAUGGAAUAAAUUGUGCAAAACCAGCAAGCAUGCAUAGUUUGCAUAAUUUACAUGGCUUGCAAAAUUUGGCUUUCAUCAGAGCAAGAAUGCAAAUUAUUUUGGCAUGCUAUCCUCUGUGUGUGUGUGUGUGUGUGUGUGCGUGCGUUUUUUAUUUCUGACAACAUGGACGCCACUGCCCUGAUCUUGAGGUAAACAAUAAGAAGGGGCUCAAUAACGUUUUUUAACCCUUAAGUAGUGUUACGAUUAAACACAGGAGCUGUGCUGUGGUUGUGGUUAGCGCGUGC